AUGUCCGACGUUGAGCUCGAGUCAGAAAUGGAAUGGGAGGAGGAUGCGCCGUUCCUCAACGACGACGAGCGAGAGGAAGCCGACGCGGGCGUUGAACCGGAACUCGCCCCUCACGAACAGCCAGAUGAGCCAUUGCCGUCGAGACCACGCAUCAAGGCGGCCCGGUGGCAGGCAAAGACACCCGGCACGAUUGUCUUUCUCGCUGCCGUCUUGAAGUUUUGCAUCACAUCGAGCGGCAUGUUGUUGCUCAUCCCGAUAUACCGACUGAUCGAGGAUGCGCUGUGCCAUGUACACUACGAAGACGAUUCAUACGAUAUUAUUGAUGAGAUGAAGUGCAAGGUAGAUGAGGUGCAGUCGCGGCUGGCAUCUCUCAUCGGCUGGUGCGGCUUGCUCACUUCUGUCAUGACACUGCUCGUCACCUUUCCAUAUGGCAUGCUUGCCGAUCGCAUUGGCCGUAAACCUACUGCCGUCUUUGCAUACGUCGGUCUUGCCAUCUCGUUUAGUUUUACGCCGCUCCUGUUUGGCGAAUUUCAAAACACUCUUCGACGGAAUCCGUAUAUUCUCAUGACGGGCUCUCUCUGGGUCCUGCUCGGCGGCGGUGUGCCAGUGUUGCUGAAUACGCUGUAUGCCAUUGCUGCUGAUGUCAGCACCGAGGAACAAAAAGCGGCAAGCUUCUUGUAUCUCACAUUUGGCGCCACGCUUGGCGGCCUGCUUGGUCCCUUACUUGCAGGUUUGUUAAUGUCCAAGUUUGGUCCAUGGGUGCCAGUCUACGUCGCGCUGUUCGUCACGCCAUUCAUGCUCUGCGUCUUCUUCUUCAUCCCCGAGACGUUAAAUAUCGAGACGAGGACCCAAAAGAACAAGGACCAGACAUUCACCCAAGCCUUUAAACAGCACGUGAGCCAUGGCCUGGAUGAUUUGAUGCACUCCAUGGACAUGAUUAAGAAUGUCAAUAUCCCGCUGGUAUUGCUCACAUUCUUCUUCCAGUCGGCAAGAUUUGCGGCGUACACUUCGGUGUUGGCGCAGUACAUUAGCAAGCACUUUGGCUGGAAGCUGGCCGAGACGAGUUUGCUCUUGUCGCCGCUGGGCGUACUCAACCUCAUCGUCCUGGUUGCCCUGCCCAAGGUGUCUGAGAUUUUGGUGUCUCGUCGAUUCAGAUUUACGGUUUUCGGCAAGGACUUGUUCCUCACAAAGGUUUCGACGUUUCUCAUUGUUGUGGGUGGCUUGAUUGAAGCGUUUAGCCACAACGUGGUGCUCUUUUUGUUUGGCUUGUUCAUUGGGACGUUUGGAGCAGCCGACAGUCCACUCGCCCGGGCUACCGUAUCACACUAUGUCGAUGCCAAGUCCAUCUCGAAACUGUAUGCCCUCAUUGGCAUGAUGGAAGUGAUGGGGUCCUUCAUUGGUGGGCCAGUGCUGGCAAAGCUGUUCAACAUUGGCUUGGAGCGCAAGGGCAUCUUUAUCGGCUUGCCGUGGUUUUAUAUUGCGUUUUUAUGCAGUCUGGCAUUUAUCGCCUUGCUCUUUGUGCGGCCGCCUCCCAGUGGCCUGGCUGCCGACGUUGAUACUUUGCACCGCGAGGAUGGGGUUGUGAAUGAGUCGGCGACUGAAGACCCUCUGCGCCCAGAGUGA